AUGUCGAUUUUGCAGAGUCUCGGUUUCAGUGGCAGCGCGCAGUUGCUUGUCGAGACACCGACUGAAUCACAAGCAGAGGAGAGCGAAGCAGAGCCAGCCGCAACGGAGUCACCGAACGCCGUACAGCCAACACAAGCCCUGGCGCCAUUGAAAGAGGGUGAUUUCGAGACGCAGCCGAGGCCGACCGUCGGCACAGCAGAAGGGCUGCAGGAACCUAGCGAAGGAACUCAUCAGAGCAUUGAGGAAAGCUCUGUUGACAUGGAAGACAUUGGCAUUCCCGAAGAUUAUACUAUGACAUUGUCGAAGAAUGACACAGACGUGACUACUGACUUCGAGGGUACUACCAUGCCCUUUUUUGGUACUACCAUACCCUAUGACAACAUCACCGAGAGCAUAUAUACUGACGUACCUGACAACAGUAGCUCCAAGAUGCUGAGUGUGAUUCCGACUGACGUCUAUACGGAAACGACGGCUGGGCACCUCAUUACCAGCGCCUCUGCUGACGACAGCGACAUGACCACUGAAUAUACUAACGGUCCAAACAUAGCCGCUGGAUUUUCUAACACAGCCACUGAAUAUACUAAUGCACCCAACAAUACCACUGACUUCAAUAACACGCCCAGCAUAGCCACUGAGUAUACUGACAAACCCAGUAUGUCCACUGGGUAUACUGAAACACCCAGCAUAUCUACUGAGUAUACUGAAACACCCAGUAUAUCCACUGAGUAUACUGAAACACCCAGUAUAUCCACUGAGUAUACUGACUCACCCAGCAUGUCCACUGAGUAUACUGAAACACCCAGUAUGUCCACUGAGUAUACUGAAACACCCAGCAUAGCCACUGAGUAUACUGACACACCCAGCAUAGCCAAGUAUACUGAAACACCCAGUGUGUCCACUGAGUAUACUGACACACCCAGCAUAGCUACUGAGUAUACUGACACACCCAGUAUGUCCACUGAGUAUACUGACACACCCAGCAUAGCCACUGAGUAUACUGACACACCCAGCAUAGCCACUGAGUAUACUGACACACCCAGUGUGUCCACUGAGUAUACUGACACACCCAGCAUAGCCACUGAGUAUACUGACACACCAAACAUAUCCACUGAGUAUACUAACACACCCAGCUCAGCCACAGACAUUACUUCCGCUAGCAAAAUGUUAUCUGAUUUACCCAGUGCUACCAAUUUCUAUACAGAUAUAUUAACUAAAUUCACUGAUAUAGCCGGUAUUUUCUCCACAAGUGCCUAUACCGACGAAUACUCUGAAUAUACUAAUGAAUAUGACAACACGCCCCAUGACAGCACCGUCCUAUCAACUGACACGACUACAUAUAUGAGCAGAGAAACUCCAUAUUCGGCUCCUCAAACUAACAGCGUCACAGAAAAUUUCAACAUGGUGGCAGAGCAGGCCAGUAUAACCACAGAAGUUCCCAGUGCAUCCACAGAAAGCACGGCCAUGAUAAAAAACCGUGAUAUAUCCCCAGAAGAAAACUCUAAGGUAAACGGGGAACACGAAAGAAUCAGAGAAAAUGCUGGAACAACUACAGAGGACUUUACUAUGGUGUCAACAGACUUGGGUGUAUCUACUGACUCUGCAGACGGUUUCGACUUACGUAAAGAAAUAUUAGGUGUGACCCAUGGAUUUGGCACGACUGCUGAAAGCUAUGAUAUUUCCGGUACCUACGAGAUAGAAGCAGAUGUCCCUGAUGUAACAACUCAGCGCGACCACAUGUCCACCGUAAUAGAUAAUUUAAUUACUGAUGAUUACAAUGAUAAGACGACAGAAAACCUAGAGCUACCAAGUGACGCCACUGAUAAUCCCAUCGCCAACAUAGUUAUAACUAUUAAUAUCCUUACAGAUACCAUGGAUACCUCUACUGAGAAAACUAUGCACAACAUAGUUAGAGGAACUAAUACAUCUGAAGACAAUGCAAUAAUUACCACCGUUGAACCAACCAUGCCCAUAAACACGAACAGAAUCACCAUGACCCCCAGCUAUAUAGAAAUGACCACAGAAAACAUAAGUUCAAUUAGUGAAAGCAUAAUCUAUACUUCAGAACCAACCGUAGCGUUUCAUCAUCCCAGUGAGUCGGAUAUUUACGAUAAUGAGGGAGCCAAAACUCCCAACGAUGCCAUGGCUUAUUCAUCGGAAUCUUUCGCUGAGGUGACCACGCCCCGAGGGCAGGCAACCGCGUCCAUGAAAUGGGAAGGAGUGCGUGAUGAACCGGGGUCGAAGGAUCCGUUGGGCCAGGGAGAAGGCGCGUUUGGCCAAGAGGAAGAGGAAAAGCCUUCAUUUAAUGCAGUCCUUACCCCGCCACCCUCUACGGAAAGGAUUAACCCGGAUGUGUUUUCCAGUCUGUUCUUCCCCGGCAAUCCUCAGGACUCACAGGCUCCGGCCAAGGGCACCAUCGUCGACUUGUUCGAUAUCAGAAACCCUCUUCGACCUGCCAUUCGACCGCCUUUCCCCGACCUCUUCGGCCUCGACGGGCCUCUCCUGCGACCUGACCUCCAGCUGGUGUCUUGCGACGACGGGAACAACGAGUGCAUCCACUGGGCGCGCGGGGGAGGCUGCGCGUGCGCCCCCGGCCGAGCCCGACGCCAGUGCGAGUGGCAGAUGUACGUCCAGGAAACGUGUCCUUGGUCCUGUGGCCUUUGUCCCUGAGGACCGUCGCCUUUUUGCACAUAUAUAUUUACUCUUUUAUGUAAUGCUGUGAUUGAAUCAUUAUCUCUUAUAAUGAAAUACCCUUAAGUGCUGUGAAAUUAUAACAAAUGAGUGUAAAAUAUCUUAGGUCAGCAUUUUGACUCUUCGUCAUUUUUAUUUGUUGUCUCCUGAUAGUAUAAUAUUUCACCUAAAAGGCUGGUCUUAGUAAAUCUAAUUCAGACUAUGUAUUUAGAAAGCCAUUCGGCGGAUAAGAUGUAAAUAAAAUUUCUGACACAAUAUUUCUUUUAUUAAUGAAAUCUACAUUAAAAGAUUUAAACAACGGAAGCCUACCACACUGACAACUAGUUAAUAAAUAUAUGGUAUGAGUAACAAUCUUUAUAGAAAAGUAUGUGUAUAUUUACGUUUGAGAGUGCAGCUUUAAAGGUGACAAACUAAUCCUAAUCUGACAAUCAAAGGCAAUGAUCAUUAUAAU